GCCGGACUGGAAUAUGAGGAGUGCAGGACUCAGCAGGCGGAGCAACAGGAAGCGGAGCAACAGCCACUAUGGCGGAGACGCACAGCUUGCAGGACCUGCGGCAAGCAGCCGUCGCCUCCAAGGUUUUCGUCCAGAGGGAUUACACCUCUGGCACCAUCUGCAGGUUUCAGACCAAGUUUCCCGCAGAGCUGGAAAGCAGGAUUGAUAAGCAGCAGUUUGAAGAGACCAUGCAGACCCUGAAUAAUCUAUUUGCUGAGGCAGAGAAACUGGGAGGAAGGUCCUAUUUGGAGGGCUGUCUUGCUUGCCUCACUGCGUACACAAUCUUCCUCUGCAUGGAAACCCACUAUGAGAAAGUGCUGAAAAAGAUCGCCAAGUACAUUCAGGAGCAGAAUGAGAAGAUAUAUGCUCCUCUUGGGCUUCUCUUGACUGACCCCAUAGAAAGAGGGCUGAGAGUUUUGGAGAUUACUAUUUUUGAGGAUAGAAGCAUUGGCUCAAGAUAAAAUACACCAAAGGAUCAUGUGUGCAACAUGGUUGGCCUGCUGGACUCAGAACCUGCUUUUCCAUCUCAUAAUGUCCUUACCCUGUUGCUUCAUAUGUAGGAAGGGUAGACCAACCUUAUUUCAGUUAAUUCUUCUGUUUUUUUUUUAAGAGGAAGAGAGUGAUUGUAUAAUGUAUCUUACAGAAACCCACCAAAUCAGCUCUUGAUCAUUAAGCAGCCCUCUGAUGUCUUAUUUUGAAUUUCUUGUACAUUUGUGUUGUGCCAUGUUAUUUUUAUAUUUUAUAAAUCGUUUCUCCAGGACCUGUUCGCUUCUCUGGUUUUCUGUAUAUACUUGUCUUGAUUGAGAAGUAUAGAUCAAAUGCACAGUGUUCGGUCACCGUGUAGUUGAUCUAACCUUGUUAGAAUCUCUUGUGAUUUUUGCCUUAUUAUUGUGAAAUUUGUUCUCGAAAUAUGAUCAAUUUAAUCAUUGGAAAAACUGUUUUUCUUACAAUACUGAAGCUGCUUGGGUUUUGUGCACAUCUGAAAUGGAUGAUCAAGAUUUUUUGCAUUUAAUCAAGAGUUUGUUACGUAACCCGUUUAAUUACAUUAUAUCAUCACUUCAUUCUGUAAUGUCCCUUAACCAUAUGUGUUUUUCCUUCAUUAUAUAUUUUUAACACUAAAAUUUACGAUAUUGUUCAGUGGACAUCUGUUCUCUUAUUUUGAUCUGCAAUGUAAUCCUUAAAUACACACAAAUGCCAUAAUUCCCUUAAAUAGCAUGGUCUAAUAUUGCAUAACCUUGUAUUUCAUACUGCUUGUCAGUUUAACCUACUCUUUGUGUUAAUCUUUUUAUCCUGUAUCAGUGUCUUUUUGAAACUCUUUUGACACUUAUUUAAACUAUGUGCCGUUCAAUAAAAUGUUUUGAUGAACAA